AUGGAACUAGCACGCUUUGUGUCUUAUAGAUCAUGGUUAUUACUUAUUGUGAUAUUGUCAUAUUGUAAUUGUUUGACGCCGCAAUGUAGAAAUGAAAAAGGUGAAGCUGUGGACUGGUUCUAUGUAUAUAAAUUACCUAGAGAAAAGAACCAUUUAAAUCCACUAGUGCGUAGAGGAGUUGCUUACAUGCAUCUGACACCAUCUAAGUUAAGAGGUGGCUGGAUCAUGUCAGAUUUGGCAAUAAGUGAUCCUCGGUCUAUGGUGGGAAAAACAUUAGCACCAUUAUAUCAGGAUAAAAAUAUUAUAUCAUUAGUGUAUAAUGAUCAACCUCCAGCUACGGAAAAUCAACCAGAUCUACUUCAAUCCGUUGCUGAAAUGUAUUCAAGGAGCAAGAAAGGACAGUUGAAGCAAGUGGGUGUUAAAAAGUACAAGAAGUUCAAGUUAGGUGAUAAAUACUAUGAUGAUUAUGACUUAGCUGAAAUGUGUAAAAUGCAUUCAAAAUUCAUGAAGACAAGAGUCGAAAGUGGUCACACUAAGGGAGUUAUUUUAGGAGAUAAGUUUACAUCACUGUGGCUUGUUCAUUCAGUGCCUAGAUUCCCACCUUUACCAGAUAUUAAUAGUAUGAACAUGAGUUCCUAUGGUUAUCCAACAACGGGGACAAAAUAUGGUCAAUCAUUUCUAUGUGUGUCUGUACAGACAUCAACACUCAAUCAGAUUGGAACACAAUUGAAAUAUAAUGAGCCACUAAUAGUGUACAGUCAUAUUCCACAGGAGUUUGACAAUGAGUUGCCAAACUUAGUUGAAGUUGUAAGGAACAAAACUAUUGAUGUAUCACCCUGGUACCAUAUAGAAAGUUUUGAAACUUUAGUUGGUAGGAAGUUUCUAUCAUUUGCGAAGAGUGCAAUGUUUAAUGAUGACUUGUACAGUGGUUUAGUGGCUGAAGUUCUACAAUCAGAUCUUCUAGUGGAAUCUUGGACUAAUGGACCCGGGACUUUAGACUCGGAGUGUACAAGGAACUUCCAAGUCCGUAACAUAGAGCGUUUGAAGUUUCCCAUCGCUAAGAUGUCGUUCACUUCUCACAAUGAUCACUCCAAGUGGGCGGUUGCCGUCGCUCAUAAAAUGCACAACAGCCAAGACACUAAAGUAGCUGACUAUUGGGUCUGUGUUGGAGAUAUUAAUAGAGCGUUACCCCAGGAGUCACGUGGCGGGGGUACCGUUUGUACGUCAGGCCCCAUACUGUGGGGUAACUUCGCUCACCUCAUAGAGAGCGUUCAAACGUGGUAUAUUUACAAGCCUCCCAGCGAUGUGGUGCCCUUCCUCGAGUUUGGUCGUAACUUUACAUACAUUACACCGGAGUCUAAGGGACGAUGGCAACAAUCAAGGAAAUAUAUAACGUCUAAUUCAAUGCUCCAACACACUCUAGCUCCUAUAUACAGGCCAACGUACACAGACUAUCUGGCACUAGCGGUAUAUGAUCAACGCAAAGGUAACAAACGUAUCUCAGGAUCACUCGCACGAGGUGUGCUCAUGGCUGAUGAGAUGGGAGGAGUUUGGAUACAUCAUACAGUCCCUGGACUUGUUGAUUUAAACAGCGACCGUCCAACAUUCCCUGAAAGCGAGAGUCCAUAUGGCCAUCUUAUUAUGUGUAUGUCACUUGAUUUAGACACUAUUAAUAUGAUUGCUUAUAAUCUGAGAAACGUAUACCCAAAGCUGACGUAUUUAAAAAUACCCAAACGAAUACAGAGUUUACUGCCUAGUUGGAGGUCACUUGAGCUACCAUUAAAGAGUCACGUUAUAAAAAUGCAGCCCUUUAUACCUCGUGACAAUUCAAUAAGAGCAGAACUCCUCACAAGACCUCCCGGUGACAGAGACUCUAUAUAUGAAGCGUUUGCAAACUCCAAGAACAUUGUUUUGGACGUUUUUGGACAAAGCGGAUCGUUGUGUAAAAAGAAAUAUGGCGUUCGAAGUAUUCAGAGUAUAUCAUUGAAAUAUCCAGAGAAAGUUUAUUAUUUGAACAACAAAACGGAUAAAAUGCAUUUCGCUGUUAGCACAGCAGCUCACUGGCAGGUCCUGGGUUCGGGUCCCCGUCAAUACUGGACGUGUAUUAGUAAUUUAUUUAUGGACAAUAGACACGACUUGGGAGGCGAUCUUGUAUGUGUUGAGGAUUAUAAGGUUUGGCUUACUUUUGACAAUUUGAAAGUCAAAGAGCCUGAAUGUUAG